GCGAAGGUGCGAAACUCGCGCUCCGUAAGUUCCCGCUCGCCGACGACGCCUCGCCAGUCGCUCCGCAACCCUCGCACUGAGCACAAGCGCACACUUCGCGCCGCGAUACGCCGUACGCACUCGUGAUAUUAAACAAACUUUGUCUUUGAAUAGUUUGUAAACAAUGACGGCGUGAUACGGCCACCAUGUCUUUCUGUAGAAUCACAGGCCGCAGCCGGGCUCUGCCCAAGCCCAACUACUUCCCGCUCCUCGCUCCUAUCUCGCCGGCAGAUGCGAAGCGAUGCUGCAGGAUCACCGGCAAAUCCUAUGGACUGCCCUCGCAUCACUACAUUCCAGUGCUCCUGGCCGCAAGAUCGCCGAGAGCUAAAUGCAAAAUAACUAAUGUAUCUGGAGAACUCGGACCUCAUCACUAUACGCCAGCAAUUCACUACGGAAACAGGAAACAUGACAUACUGCCAGACUAUAGAUAUAUUUUCCCUGUUUUGGAUGGCUCCACGGAAGCUCAGAAGGCGUUGAUAGAAAUGUUGUUGACUAAACAAGUGACCGAAGAAAAGCGUUACGUAUACACAGUUCAAGAAAGAAGGUGCAGUUUAGUUUUUUCCGCGCGAAUGGAGGCGGCAGUGCGGGACGGGGACGUUAGAGAUGUUAUGUUGGCUAAAGACUCGGACACAGUGUUAAUAAAAACAAGGCAGGGACGCAAUGUUUCUAUGGACUUUAAAGACUUUACCGAAGAAGUAGAAAUGUAUGAAGGAGAGGGUCCUAAUGCUGAAGUGUUGAAACAAAGAGAAAUCGAAGAGUUAGAAGAAAAGAAAAAGAAAAGAAAGAGGGCAGCGGGCCUGUCUUCUAUGAAGAAGAUAUUUGAAACUAAAGAAAGGUUAGCAGAAGUUGAGGAACUACAAGAAGAAAAUCAUCGUAAAGUGAGAUUGUCUAAAAAGGCGAAGUUGGAAGAGUGCCGCCAUGAGAAACAUGAUUUGAAAUCGUUUAACGCUACAAGUUUUGACGUGAACCAUAUGCGUUCAAAAUCAAGUAUCGUUAUGUGCAGUGGUGACUGGAAAGAUCAAAUGCAUCAACUUAUUGAAUCGUGGGACUGGGAUGCUUUUGAAAAGGAAAUACCUGAUGAGCACGUCGUGCCUAAAGUUACUAAGCUGCCAACACCUGUGGAUGUAACUCCAUAUCAAUGCGAAGCGGAAAUCUAUGAGGUCAAUCAGAACAUUGCUGAUGUGUCGCUUUCCUUGGAAAACGUGCCUUGCGUGAAUCCAUUGAAGCCUGUAAAAGCACGUCCCACUGAGACAGUCUUGAGCGCUGUCAAACAAUUUUCAGAAGAACGUUUAACUGAGACAGCUGAUGUUACGGAAAAACUGUGGGAAGAGAAUAAAAUUGGCAUGCUUCCCACCUUAGAAAUCUUACCUGAUGUCGUUAAAAAUAUCAACAAAGGCAAGAGAACAAAAAUAGCUAAAGUCACUGGAUUGGCAUUAGACAUAAAUAAAGCUAAAAAGUUUAUUCCAGGUCAACAUGUGAAUACCCCACAGGGACCUGUUUUUAUUCCUGGACAGACAGUAGAAACUCCGGCGGGUCCUGUUUUCGUACCUGGUCUUAGUGUAAAUACUCCCGCUGGUCCGGGCUUAAUUCCAGGGCAUGUCGUUACAAAUGAGAAUACAAAUGAGCCUUUUUUCCUUGCUGGACAAGUCAUGCAAACGACGAAUGGUGAAGAGUUUGUUUGUGGACAAACAAUUAAAAACAAAGAUGACUCACAUCGUUUUGUGGAAGGUCAAACCGUAAUAUCUGAAGAAGGCCUAAAGUUUAUUCCUGGCAAAAUAGUCAAUAAUGGACCCGAGGAAAUGUUUGUACCCGGUCAAGCCAUAAUGACACCUGAAGGAGUUCAAUUUGUACCUGGACAGACUAUAAGCACUGAAGGAAAUGAAAUACUUUUUACACCAGGACAAAACGCCAAGAUAAAUAACGAAUGGCAAUUUGUGCCUGGCCAAGUCGUACAUCAAGAUAACAAAGUGCAUUUCGUACCUGGAGCUACGAUAGCAACGCCAAAUGGAUUAAAAUUUGUUGCAGGACAGACUGUCUCUAUGAACGGAGAGACAUGUUUCGUACCUGGUAUCACACGGAAAAUGGAAGAUAAUAAACUUGAAUUUGUACCCGGUACCACAGUCGAUACUAUUGAUGGACCGAAAUUCAUCGAAGGACAGAUUGUUCAUACUGAACUCGGUGAAAAAUUUAUGCCUGGUAAAUCUAUUGUCGAAGCCAAUGGACAUGUUGAGUUCAACAUAGCGAAAUCAAUCGAAGACAUCACAUUUACAGAGACUGCACACUUGGGACUUCCUAUUGACAUCAGAACAUGUACCUUAUCUGAAGAGUCGUUGUAUGUCUUUGGACAUAUGAUACAAACAGCCAAAGGAAUAGAAUUCUACCCGGGCCCAAGAGCGCCUAAAAUCGAGGGAAAAAUUGUCCCUGGCAGACUUGUUAAGCAUGAGGCAAACGAGUCUCGGUUCGUGCCUGGAAUGAUGGUUGAAGGCAUCUUUAUACCAGGGCAAAUAGUGUUCACGGAAAAUGGUGAACAGUUUGUUCCUGGUCAAGUUGUAGAUACUGCUGAUGGCCCUAAAUUUGUACCUGGCCAAGUAGUAAAUACUAAAAAUGGGCCUAAGUUUGUUCCUGGUCAAACUAUUCACACUAUUGACGGCCCUCGAUUUGUACCAGGUCAAAUUAUUGAAACGAAAGCAGGACCUACUUUUAUACCUGGACAAGUAAUUUCUACAGAUGACGGAUCAAGAUUUGUUCCAGGUCAAGUAGUAGAUACGGAAGAAGGGCCUAGGUUUGUGCCUGGGAGGGUAAUAGAAACUGAUGACAAUGGUGUAACUUUUGUACCUGGACAGAUAGUACAGACACCUGAAGGUUUGAAGUUCGUCGCACCUGAUCUCACUGAAGGCGAAGAAGGUUUAGAGUAUUCUGUUCAAAGUUUUGUUGUUACUCCUGAAGAGCUGAAGUUGUUGAAAGUAAAAACAAAUCCUAAUGAUACCACAUCUACCAAAGGCGAGUUGACUAUUGACAGAAAUAUGUUGCGACAACUAUCAGAGGCUGGUAUGUCGAUUGGCAGACAAGUACCAGCUGAGCUCCCGGCUAUCAACGUUGUACUAAAUGAAACUAGAAACGCUGAAGCAUUGAAGGCAUUUGUUUCUGAUUUUGGUUUAAAAGAUGACGUUGCUAACCAGUUAAUGGAAGUUAUUAAGUGUAUAAUAGAAAUGAGUGCACAUUUGAAAACUGAGAUUCACGAAAUUCAUAGCGACUGCACGAAAAGUGAAACAUCGUCUAAUGAUAAUAGUAUAAAAAAGGGAAGGAUGAACAAAAAACGGAUGGAGAUCGAGGAAUGCGACAGUUCAACCAGUAAUGGAUAUGCACAUCAGGAACACGUGAAAAAUUCUAUUGCUGCUGCAGUUUUGGCAGCCUUAGUCACCGCUGAGCAAUUCGAGGAAAACAAUAACAACAGUUGCAAAGAAAAGUAUCAAUUAAUUCUGAAAUCUAUUGACACUAUUUUGGGUAAAGCUAUUGAUGAAGAUUUUGUAUCUGCCAUGUAUCAAAUUCUCCAAAAAGAAGAUGACAAAGAAGGUCUUUGUGAAGAAAUUCUCGAGCACUCUUCUCAACCUAAAUUAGAACUAAUAAAAAUUGCUGUAAACAGCACUUUACAUAGACAUUCCUUUACCGAAGAAGACAUCAUUGAAAAAUUCGGCGACUUUUUGAGUAUUGAUAAUGAAAUACUUGGACCUGCCUUUAAAAAUAUCGCCAAGAAUGACAUCAAACUUUUACGCCAAGUUAUGGAAAACAUUUCUGACACAAUUUCUUUUAUCAAAACUGAUCACGAGGCCACAGAAACACUGCAAAAAGCUAUUGUUUUGGCUGUACAAGAAGCAAGCGCUAAAGAUCUGGAAGUAAUAUUAAAAGAAAACAACAAGGAAGAUUUGAAAGAAUUGAUCGUUCAAUCUGUUGGAUUAGCUAAAAUUCUUGGAAUGAGGGAUGUAGCUGCAAAACUGCUUUCUUCUGUCAACGAUGAAGAAAGUUUUUCAAAAAUAGUUAAUGAUGAAACAAGUUUAAGUAUUCUAAAAAGGUUGACAGUCAUGCGCAAGCUUGCCGAACAAGAACCAAAUUUACACUCUGCUCUAAAGAAACUAGAAACUGAACCUGAACUGGCUCGUACAGACCCCAACUUGAGGGACUUGGUUCGAGAAAGUGGUGCGCUUAUGAUAGUGCCUGAAGAAACACCAUUAAUGACUUCUGCUGACGUACCGAUAAACCUGCUUGAUCCCGAAAACAGUCUUGCUAUGGAAGAUUACCUGUAUCAGCGCAAAAAGCACCGAGGUGCUUUAUUAAUUAUGAAGAAAGGUUUGCAGGCUGUGGUUCCCAGAGAAGCAAGCCGCGCUGUUUUAACAGGACAAGUCGCAUACACAGUUCUUGACGAAAGAGGAAUUAGUCAUUUCGAGCCACUUCACGUAUUUAAUGCUCUAAACUUGAGCCAGCCAACUAAACAUCGUUUCAGUAUGUACAGCUGUCCCAUGGUCGACGAAACUUCAGACGAUCUUGAAACUUUUAAUGGAUACUGUAAUAUAAGCAAUAGUCAGAUAAUUACUAAGCUCGGUGCUUGGAAUAAGAGGUACAGUGGAGUCACAUUGGACAGAGACAAUACAAGCAGUAGAAUGAGUAGUUUUGACAACACGCCAGCUUACAGGCGUUAUCCAUCUCGUUCUUCAACAAGAUCUAGAUCUAGUUGUAGCCGAAGUCCCCCGAAGGUAGAAGACGUGGUGGUAGCUUCGUCGGACUACACGGCGGCGGCAGACGACGAAGUUUCGCUCAAAGCCGGUGACAUCGUCGAGGUUCUUGACACGAAAAGCUCUUUGGGAUCCAAGUACAGAGGGCGUGUGUAUAGAUACGAGAACCAUUUCUUCCAACCAAGGGGCCUAUCACUAGAUUACGUAUUUAGUGUACCUACCUACAAAAUGUACUAUUAUUGAAUACACAAGAAGAUUAACGGAGGAUGGAGAAUCACCCAAUCAUGUUCUAUCACUGUAUAUACCAGGCUUGAUGAUGUCAUUAUAUGUUACUGUUGUAUCAUUCGUGUUGUGAUCUACAUUUAUAACUAUUGUGAUAACUAGAUAUGUUACUUUUUACCUAUCAUUGCCAAUUAUCGGCUCAUUAUUUUACAUAAUCACUUUUCAUUUUGUGUUAUUCG